AUGACACUUGCUGAGCAGGCUUGCAAAGAUGUCAUCAGACUGUUGAAUGACAAUAAGCAACAUACGAAAGAGCGCAUUCAAGACUUGGGUGUUGAGCUAAGACAAGGUCAAGAGGCCAAUAACUACAUUGAGCUAGAUCUAGAUAAGUGGAUGAAACGAAUAAAGCAACUGAAAGAGGAUAUGGUAGCUCCAGCAAACAUCAUCAUGGAAGAGCACACACAAUCAUCUUGGAUUCAGAAAAUCAAAAUCCUGCAGAAGCUAACAGAACGAUUUGACAAAGUAUAUGGUGAUGUCACUGUGGAACAUAGAGGAACAGUUGCUGUUCAUGGUGGUGUGAACAAAGAUGCAGAGAUCCGUGGAAGAAACUUGUAUUCAAGCGGUAUUCACAACAUACGCUUGCAUAUUGACAAAAUGUCUGGAUACCUUUCGUUUGGAAUUAGUUCAUCAACAACGCCAAUACAAAAAGAGUUUUACGCAUCAGGGCCGUCAUAUGGGUGGGUGGUUGGUUGGCAUACAACGACAUUGCGUUCACCCGUAUAUGUGAAUGGCGUUCAGUCUCUCGGAUAUGGAGACUGGGAUGGUGACAUUCGUGAGAAUGAAACAGUGGAAUUGAUACUCAACUGUGAUGAAAACAAGAUUCAGUGCUUAAAUCAGCGCACAAAGGAGAAGUAUGAACUGCAAGUUGAUGUUACUAGUUGUCCUUAUCCAUGGCAGUUUCAUGUUACUCUUCGGUAUGCUGGUGAUCGUGUUCAUAUCUGCAUCUAA